GGCAGAAACAACACUUAGAUAAGCGGGUACCUGUUGCAGAGCGUCGAUGGAUUUUCCCUCGUCUACAAGCACGAAAUAUUGGCGUCAGUACAGGUAAAGCCAAAGUGUUUGAAUUGUGUACAGCUCGGAAAGGGAUAUCCUUGAUAUUCAGCGGACUGGCUGAAAACGAACGAAGGUUAAGACCACACGGUCCCCGCUCGACGAGCCUGCGAAAUACUCUUGACUUUUUCCGAGUGAUUGGUCGUCAAGGAACCCGGGCACUUCGUUGCCUGCUUCUGGUCAUGGGACGUUAGGGGAAUUCCGAUGCCAUAAAUUGGGGAAACUUUCAAAGAAGACUAGUGUUGACUCCAGCAAUUCGCACUGAGAGGUUGCAAGGAGGCAUUUAAUUGUUUCGAGUGUGUGGGAUCGCUUUCCGUGGAUCAACAUGGUGGAUUCAGCUGGCUGUGUGAAGUAACAAAGUGUCCUGUGUGAUAGAUACUCAUAUAUUUCCAGAUAGCGGACACAAAGUAGAGGCACUUUGGAUAGUUCCCUCAGAACAGCGUUAAACACAGUUUGCCAGAAUCAGUCGCCGUUUAGAAGAAGGCACCAGUAAACGAGACGUGAGCUAGUUUUUUUAUUUCUGUAACCUUUUCGUGACCUUUCUGACGCCAUGACCCUGACAGAGGAGUUUUGCGCCAUUUUCCGAUCCGUUCACGACUUUUACGACAAACUACACAAGCAGAGAUGGCUGUCGACAGAGCAGCGCGAGCAAGUCUUAGACCUAAAGGGCUUCUUUGGUCUGGUGGAGGGGACCAGCCUCCAGGAGUUGCUAGAAACCAUCGCGAACUCUUUCAAACCCACCCCAAUCUUGGUAGACUUUAGGGACGAGGAACACCUGGAAGAAGAACUACGUCAACUUCUCAACAGAAAGGACUCGGAACUUCCCGCCACGACUUCUCUCCCUGAGCCAAAGGCCACGGAGAAGCUCGGCGACUUCGUCAACGGGAUACGGAAGCGCUCUCGCAAGGGGAAGUACGCCAAGAGUCCGGCUGCGGCGGUAGCGAUGAUUCCCGAGAGGUGCCCGGAGGUUCUCCCGAGGACUUUAAUGCGGUACCAGAUGAACAUCGCUUGGAACACCGCCACCGGAUUCCCCCACGCGCUGGACAUUUACAAGUGUGACGUGCCGCCCAGCUACGAAGUCAGGAGAGCGGCGCUCAUGGGCCAGGUGUACGAAGAGAGACACGAAAUUCCCGAAGUUUUGUCCGUCAAGAAACUGGAAUACGUCUGCCCUCCCAUCUACACCCGCCUGAAGAACACGAAACCGUUCGGAAAGGACUGGCAGGUGAGUUAUUUCACCAAGGGACAGUUCCGGACGGUGGAGACAGACUUUCCCGCCUGGAUAACUCACGAGAAGUUGAAGGGAUUCCUGACGUGUGACCACUGCGUCACCAGGUACAACUACCGCACACACACAGGCGCCACCAACGCCCUGUUCCUGUUACUGAUCCGUGACGACACAUACCGCCGCGCCGCCCCAGGCUCGUCCCCGAACGGCGUGCGGGCACCCAAGGAGCACCUGUUCGCCAACCUUCCUUCCGAGUUCCAGGUGUACGUGGGCACAGCUGAGCGGGGCACCUUAGACCGGUGGGUGUACGGCAGGAACUCUCACUGUAACUCCAUCUGGGCCUUCUACAAGCACGUCAACCAGCUCAAGGACUGGAAACCCUUCCCGGGGAAGAUCAGCCUCGCCGAGCUCUCGCUCGCUCUCGCGAGAAUGAGGGGACAGGACUGCGCGCUGUUCGUCAUCAGUAACCAUAGUAACGCCCAGGACCUGGCAGACGAGGCCGCUCGGCUAAUCAACCACUACGAGCUCGGACCGUUCACGGACAUGAGGUUCGGCAUGAACGAGAAACUCAAGCAGACUUUAGUGCCGACUAACAGCCGGGAAGUGCCGUCCAUCCUCACUAAAACAUGGUGACAACCUAAAUAGCACCUGCCCCAUCCUCACUAAAAAAA